AUGAAAGGCUACGAAAACAAAUUUACGUUAAGUAAUGAUCAAGCAACAGCUUUAGAACUUUUAAGACUUGAAGAAGCAGCGCAAUUAGCAAAUGACCAGCUGACAAAUCGUCGAGGAUUCACGAGAAAUGACAAGCUUUCACACGUUGUCUAUGCUGUUUUAAAUGCCUCCCAAUUCCUCACAGCAUUAACGGAUGAAGCAUUUCACCAUUUACAUCAUGCGAUCAACAGGAAAAUGCGAAAGACUAAUCCAAAUCUUCCUAGCAUGCCAGAAGAAAGAAACCCAAUCUUUUUUGUGUACCCCAUUUGCAUGGGGAUUAGUUUUCUUUUAUUCAUUGGUUGGCUGUGCACUAAAAUUUUCAAUAGAAGGCCAUUAAUAGCUUUAAUGGGCAAUGGAUUGGGUGGAAUUUUGAUCAUAAUUGGUGGAAUUUGGGCAAUGCGACACGCUGAAAAGCAUAUUAACUUGAAUGAAGUUUCAGAUGAGGAAUUAUUAACACAUCCAAUUUUUAUCCACAAUUUUGUCCUCUGUAUAGUUUCAAUUUUCGGCAUGAUACUGUAUUUUAUUCCAGCUUGGAUAUUAUUGGAUGCUUAUAUGUGGCAAAGAAAAAACAGGUCCUUUUCUAGUGGAGAAAUGGGUAAAUCUCGCGCUAAUGUGAAUAAACAUCGUUGCACGUGUUCACGAUCGAAGAGUAGAAGUCCGCGGCCAACUCAUAGUCCGCGAUCACAAAAAAACGGCUCUGGAAUGUACGAUAUAGAUCGAAUCAGUAUAUCACCAUUGCCAUCAACAAGAGCUUCUACUCAAUUGCAGGGUAUAGAAAGUGAUCCAGUUAUUCUGUACUGUUGCUGCGUUGAUUGUCAUCGCUAUUUAAAAGCUCAGAAACGCGUAGAUAAGUUUACUCACGAAUUUCAAGUAAUUCAAGUUAUGUAGAUUUCUUAAUAAAGAGGCAGAACUUGAAUCGUUGUCAUCCUUCUUUCACGUUGGAAACUGCUGUCUCGAAAUAGCUCACUUUCAAAGAGUGCAAUCACGCCUGCUCGUUGUAUUUAGAUUGACAUCUUUAAACUCUUGAUUAUACUCUUACAAAUCAUCGUUUUCAAUUUGACUACUUUAAAUAGAUCCGAAAUUACUAGAAUACUACUAUACUAAAUACUACAUCUGUGCGGUAAGUUUACACACUUUGUUAUUUGAAUAAAACAAUGAAUAAUUUCAAUGUUACCUUUCACUUUUGAAAAUAAGUGAAAACAGCUGAUUUGCAUUGCAUUUAUCUUUUCAUCACAAAUACUUCAUUACGCGUACUUUAUUAAUUGUCUAACUGUUGGUAUAAAAGUAAUGUCUAAUAAUAUAUAAUAUUGACAUAAAUUACAAUUUAAAAAACUAAAAAAGAACGCGAGAUCUUUAGAUAUACAUCAUAGCAUCAAAACAAACCAAAUUAAUAUAGACAUGUUUCAUCGCAUAAUUAAUUAUGUUAAGAGGUCA